CCCGCCCGGUCUGGGCACCUGAAGCCCUUCGGGGCGGAGGAGGGCGGGGACUCGGGGCGGCUCUCAGCAUCCGCCUGGAGUCCGUGGCGCUGUGUUUCGGCGCUGUGGAGUUGCCUGGUCCGCCUCCUCCCCCCGGUGAGUCUAAGGACCUUUACGGAUGCGAGAAGGUGGUUCUGAGUCUUUUUUCUUUUCCUGUAGCACAGGCUGGUGUGCCCAGUGUGUUUGGCGAAUAAGAAUAAAAGAUUCUGGAGGAGUUGGAGAAGAGUGUAUUCAGUCCCCAAACCACGAGAUUGACGAAGAAAUGCACAAUUUUGAGGAAGAGUUAACUUGUCCCAUAUGUUACAGUAUUUUUGAAGAUCCUCGUGUACUGCCAUGCUCUCAUACAUUUUGUAGAAAUUGUUUGGAAAACAUUCUUCAGGCAUCUGGUAACUUUUAUAUAUGGAGACCUUUACGAAUUCCACUCAAGUGCCCUAAUUGCAGAAGUAUUAUUGAAAUUGCUCCAACUGGCAUUGAAUCUUUACCUGUUAAUUUUGCACUAAGAGCUAUUAUUGAAAAGUACCAGCAAGAAGACCAUCCAGAUAUUGUCACCUGCCCUGAACAUUACAGGCAACCAUUAAAUGUUUACUGUCUAUUAGACAAAAAAUUAGUUUGUGGUCAUUGCCUUACCAUAGGUCAACAUCAUGGUCAUCCUAUAGAUGACCUUCAAAGUGCCUAUUUGAAAGAAAAGGACACUCCUCAAAAACUGCUUGAACAGUUGACUGACACACACUGGACAGAUCUUACCUGUCUUAUUGAAAAGCUGGAAGAACAAAAAUCUCAUUCUGAGAAAAUGAUCCAAGGCGAUAAGGAAGUUGUUCUCCAGUAUUUUAAGGAGCUUAAUGAUAUAUUAGAACAGAAAAAAAAAAGUUUCCUAACGGCUCUCUGUGAUGUUGGUAAUCUAAUUAAUCAAGAAUAUACUCCACAAAUUGAAAGAAUGAGGAAAAUAAGAGAGCAGCAGCUUGAAUUAAUGACACUGACAACAUCUUUACAAGAAGAGUCUCCACUUACAUUUCUUGAAAAAGUUGAUGAUGUACGCCAGCAUGUACAGAUCUUGAAACAAAGACCACUUCCUGAGGUUCAACCUGUUGAAAUUUAUCCUCGAGUAAGCAAAAUAUUGAAAGAAGAAUGGAGCAGAACAGAAAUUGGACAAAUUAAGAACGUUCUCAUUCCCAAAAUGAAAAUUUCUCCAAAAAGGAUGCCAUGUUCCUGGCCUGAUAAGGAUGAAAAGGAAAUUGAAUUUUUAAAAAUUUUAAACAUUGUUGUAGUUACAUUGAUUUCAGUGAUACUGAUGUCGAUACUCUUUUUCAACCAACACAUCAUAACCUUUUUAAAUGAAAUCACUUUAAUAUGGUUUUCUGAAGCCUCUCUAUCUGUUUACCAAAGUUUAUCUAACAGUCUGCAUGAGGUAAAGAAUACACUGUGUCACAUUUUCUAUUUGUUGAAGGAAUUCGUAUGGAAAAUAGUUUCCCAUUGAAAACGUCAACCUGAAUUGUUUAAAUGGGCUUAUUCUGUACAUUGCUAAAUGAAAAAUGGGGUGGCAUGGAUAAAUAGCAAACUAAGCUUUAUUAGCGCUGCAACUAAUAUAAACAUGUUUAUAUUUGUUACUUCUUUUGGUUAGCAAUGAUAUGUCAAAGUUAGAAAUAUCUGAAAUACUAAAAUCUUUGGGAAACAGAAUCUAGUAACAAUUUGAAAAUUAAUACACCAUCCCAUUUUUAUUGGCUUUAUGAAGGUUGACAUAAUGUUGCUGUGACAUUUAAACAUUCUUGUACCAAUAUUGUCUUUUAUCAUUAUUAUAUACUGCAGUUAAUUGGCUUUACAGUUCUUUAUAUAUAUAUAUAACAAAAUCCUGAAAGUACAUAUACCUUUAUUUUGAUGUGGCUUGAAGCUUUUGAAUGGAUGAAUAAGGAUGAUAGAAAGGUUUCAAAAUCAAGCAACAAAGUCUUAAAGUGAUAAGGCAUGGCUUAAAGAUCUUUUGAUCAAACAUACCUGUGUUUUAGAUAGAUUUAAGAGCCCUAAAUGUUUAUCACCAUUCACUCCAAAUAAAGCUAUUGCUUUUGGAUAACUGUUAGAGAACAGUGGCUUUUUAAAAGAAAUUUUUGAGACUGGGUCUCACCUUGUUGCCCAGGCUGGAGUAUAGUUGUCUAGUCAUGACUCACUGCAGUUUCGACCACCCAGGCUCAAUUGAUCCUCCCGCCUCUGCCUCUGGAGUAGCUGGGACAAGGCACACACCCCCAUGCCUGGCUAAUUAAAAAAUUUUUUGUAGAAACGAGGUUUUGCCAUAUUGCCUAGGUUGGUUUCAAACUUAUGGGCUCAAGAGAUCUGCCCACCUUGCCUCCCAAAGUGCUGGGAUUACAGAUGUUAGCCACACUGUGCCUGGGGGCCAGCAUUUUCUAAUACUUGUCGUAUUCUAUAGUUUGUGUAAAUUUAAGAUUGUAUGUUUUUUCUGCUCGUCAGUCAAAUCAGUUCUUGGAUUAAAAACUCAUUUUUACUAGAACAGAAUCAUGUUGGUAACUUGGUCUGCAACAGGUUUUGAUGGCAUCAUGUGGACUUUAUUCAUCUUAACUCAUUUAAAUUUUCUACCACAUUCCCUUAAUUAAGCUAAUGCAAAAGUACCAACAACUUAAUCUUUUUUUUUUUUUUUUUGAGAUGGAGUCUUGCUCUGUCGCCCUCGCUGGAGUGCAGUGGCGUGAUCUCGGCUCGUUGCAAGCUCUGCCUUCCAGGUUCACACCAUUCUCCUGCCUCAGCCUCCCGAGUAGCUGGGACUGCAGGCAUCCGCCACCACACCCAGCUAAUUUUCUGUAUUUUUAGUAGAAACGGGGUUUCACUGUGUUAGCCAGGAUGGUCUCGAUCUCCUGACCUCAUGAUCCACCUGCGUCAGCCUCCCAAAGUGCUGGGAUUACAGGCGUGAGCCACCACGCCUGGCCCAACAACUUAAUCUAUUAGCUUUGCUUAAGAGGACCUAUUAAAUCAAAGCCCUUUAGUUCCCUUUAAGAGGGACUGGAGUUAUGAUGCAUGUGUUACGACUCUUGGCCCACCGUCCAUGCAACCCUAAGUGCAGGUUGAUGGUGCUUUCCAGAAAUCCCAAAGGGGCUGCUCUUGGAUCACCGAAGAAGAGCUAGUUCAGAAAGACAUUCUGGGUCAGAUUAGACUAUGCUCCUGGCCCUACAAAUUGCACAUAAACUAUCAUAAAUAAAUACAGCUUUUUCAGGGAACUAGUUCUAAAACUCUUAUCUGCUGAGAAUAAGUCUUAACACUAAGAUGACUAUUAUAUCAAUUUAUUAUUAGAAUCAGACUUACACCUAGCACAAUUAACUAUUGUGUGGGCAAAGAACAUUUAAAGGGCAUAGUAGAGCUAAGGAGAAACACAUACUCAGCUAUUUAGAGAUAAAAAUGUUAAGUUGCACUGAUUACUUAAAAUACUAGUCACACCAUAAAAGUGCCCUGUAGUUUCAAAAACACAAGCAAUGAAAUGUUUAUUAGCCAUUGUUAAGCUACUUAAUCUCAUUUCUGUGAUGUGAAUAUUUUUAACCCCCACUUUUUGUAGAUGAGGGAACCGACAAGUGACUUGCCCAAGGCCAUAGAGCUGUGAGAAAACCCACGCAUUCUCUUUUCAGAGUUCAUGCUAUCACUCAACUUUAAAGUAGGCCAAGAUUAAUGUUGGUAAGGGUUUGUAAUCUGUAAGAAAAUAGCUAAAAACGUAAGUAUAUACGUCAUUUUAGAUGACAUUAUUUUGUAUCUUGCUAGUUUUUAGGAAAACUUUUCAUUUUGUUAAGUAUGCAUGAAUAUAGUUGAAUAUAUGAGUAACUGGUUCUUAUGCUGCUGUUUUGUAUUUUUACCAGCAGGAAGAUUGCAAAAGUUAACGUAUAUAAAUCUUGAAAUAUUUCUAAGUAAGUUUUAUGUAUAACAAAAUAUGUAUUUUAAUAAACUCCUUUUGAUAUUUUA